AUGCACUCCAACUUUGUUGAGGAUUUCGGAGAAGAACACCACUUCCAACCUCACAGCCCUACCGACACAGCCGGCGACGUCUCCACUUCUCGCCCCCUCAGUACGUCGUCAUCCAAGAAGAAACGCAAUCUCCCUGGAAAUCCAGAUCCUGAUGCAGAAGUGGUGGCCUUAUCACCGAGAACUCUAAUGGCGACGAACCGGUACAUUUGCGAAGUGUGCCACAAAGGAUUCCAACGAGAUCAGAAUCUGCAGCUGCACAGGAGAGGCCACAACCUGCCAUGGAAGCUCAAGCAAAGGCCUGCCACACAAGCCAAGAAGCGGGUCUACGUCUGCCCGGAGCCCAACUGUGUGCACCACAACCCUGCCCGCGCCCUUGGUGACCUCACCGGCAUCAAGAAGCACUACUGCAGGAAGCACGGAGACAAGAAGUGGAAGUGCGACAAGUGCUCCAAGCGCUACGCUGUCCAGUCCGACUGGAAGGCGCAUGCCAAGAUCUGUGGCACCCGCGAGUACCGCUGUGACUGUGGCACCAUCUUCUCACGGAAGGACAGUUUCGUGACUCACAGAGCGUUCUGCGAUGCUUUGAACGAGGAGAAUUAUAUGGCGAAGCAUAACGCUGGUGGAGCAAUGGUGCAAAACCAUGCUGAAGAAGUCUUGUCUGCUUCUAUAGAUUUAUCAUGUCACGAACCAUUGUCACUGAGCACGCAUGGGAUGAUGAUGGCCGGCAGUUUCAAUCCAUUUUACAGUCCAAGAACUCUGAAACCGGCUGGCAUUGGGGGACUGAGUAGUCCCCCUUUAGCAGCAGACUCUGCUUACACAUCAGCAACUGCGUUGCUGCAGAGGGCUGCACAAAUGGGCUCAAAAACCAGUGACAGCACUUCUCUGUCUCCAAUUCUUCUCAGAGGAUUCACAGGCUACCUCACUCAAACCCGAAACGUCGCAGACAAGGGCUCUUCUGAGGCUGGUUUCAACACGGCCGCGCCCCAAAUAUCCACUGCUUCAAGCGGAAUUCUUAGAGGUGAUGUUGCAGAGAUGGGCAUAUAUGAUCUUUCGGUGUUUAUGGGUUCAUCAGGAGGCGGUCAUUCCAGCGGGCUAGUUCUCCAGGAGCAAGAGAAGAUGACUGUUGAUUUCUUGGGAGUGGCAGCUCCAACUUUUUCGGGUGCAACAGAAUAUGGGGAUGAAAGGCAGUGCUUAGAGGAUGUGCAUUCCCAAUGGUAGUUUGAUCAGGAAAAGAUAUAAUAUCAGAAUGAAAAGUCAGGAAUCGUAAUCAAUCUGAUCAAUGUCCUACCCUAAUUCUAGCAGGACAAUAACACAAUGAUGAUGAUGUGUAGCCUAUGUUCUAGUAGAACUUCCUAACUCAACCACAAACAAAAGUUGC